GGAAGUUGUUGAGUUUCGGCGCCACGCGGUAUUUAUCUAAACUAAACACAGAGAUUAUAAUCAUGUCUAAACUUAAAAGAAGGAAAACUGCGGUGGAGGAAAUGAAACCUGAGCUGCAGGUCCGAGUGAGAGAUGAGCAGGAGAGUCUGCGCGACACGGACGCAGUCAGGACCGAUGGUUCUCCUGCACCUGGAGGAUUUUCCUGCUGCCCUGCCGAUCUCUCCGAGGUGGAGAAGCUGUGGACGGAGACUCUGCAGGCCGUGUGUCCUCAGGCUCGGGACUCGUCUCCGCGUCUCCCUCAGCUCCCCGCGAAAGAGGAGAAACGGUAUGAGCGACGCUGGUGCGGUCUGGACGAAGACGUUCCUCCCGUACCCGACCCACCGGCUCCAUGCGCGAUUCCUCGCACCCUUCCUGUGUCCGCUCCUGACCCGCAGGUCGGCGCCGGCUCCCCCACGGCCCACGGGGCACAGAACUCCCCCGGUCACGGAGACGAUCCGGCUGAUGUCGGCGUGCGCGAGCGGGUCACAGACAGAACCUCUGCAGGAAAAUCCACAUCGGGAAGUGAACGGUCCGGACCGGAGCGCGAGGGCGAGACGGGAGCCGGAAUGUCGGGAAGAGGAUCGGGAUCGGAUGGAGUCAGGCUGGAGUGCUGUCCGAUGUGUCUGAUCCCAUUUCCUGCAGGGUUCUCCCAGAUAGAAUGUGAUGGCCAUCUCGCCCAGUGUUUAUCAGAGAUGAACGUAGACAUGGUGUGGUGAUCUUCAUCAUCAUCUUCAUCCCUCUUUCUUCACAUGACAUCACACACACACACACACACACACACACACACACACACACACACUGUUCUACGUAAAACACACUCUUGUGCUACGAGGAAUUAUUUUUUGUUCUGCUCAUAUUUCAGUAAAGUCUUCAGUGUGUGUGUGUGUGUGUGUGUUGGUGUGUGUGUUUGUGUUGGUGUGUGUGUUACACAGCGAUGCUUCCUGCUAAACCUCACCUUGGAGCCAUGAAUGAGGAAAUUAAAGUAAUUAUUACCGGAUCAGUUUUAGCGUUAAUACACUAAUAAACGUCAGCUGGUUCUAAAGUAAACAUGCUAACAGACACACAGCGC